AUGGGUGACGAUAGCAAGCAAGUACAACAACGUUGCAAAAAGUUACCUGGCGUACGUGAAGAUGUUGUCAAGAAACUGCAGCAAAUGGUUCAUGAGCACAAUAGUUAUGUGAAAUCCUUCAAGCUUGCCGUUCAAAGAAUGCCUCCGACUCAAUACAAGGUGGCUAUCCGUGCAGAUAAAACAGCUGCUGGAGAACAUGCACGACGCUUCAAUGAGCCGGUGGCAAAUGGGGUGGCAGUCGUCAUAGCUGGUGAAGAAUUUAACAAACGAGAUAUUAUCUUGGAGCAGCAAAACGACAGUGUCUCCAGUGCAGAACUACCUGAUCCUCAACAAGAUCCGCGUUUGUUUGAAAUAAUCUGA